ACAAGGUUGGCAAGAAGCAGUUCACAUGGAAGAAAUUAUAAAUUUUUACUUCAAAGCUACAUUUAUAUGCACGUAUUUUUUACGUAAGAAUGUAACGUAAGGGAGAAUGUUCAAACGUAGCACGUGACACCACUUAAAUGUGCAACUUAUGCUCUUUGAUUUGUGAUUCGAAUUUGAUUACAUGGCAUAAAUUGCAUACAACAUUCACGAGAAGUCAAUGAAAUAACUAGAAAAUUAUAUUUAAUGAGACAUCUUAGCAGGAAUGAAAGUUGAAACAAAAGCAUCAGAGACUUGCCUGUCCAAGUUCGUAUUUUGGAUCCAGGCUCUUUUAAUCUUAUUCGACAAUAUGUCGCUGCUGCAUUUUUACGAAGGCUACAACGUCUUUUUAAGAUAAUUAGUGUUAAGGAGAAAGAUGACAAGACUAGACGUAUGAUAAAUUUUACGUUACCUUCAAAUGUUACAUAAUUCCUUACCUAUAAUAAAUACGCACAUAUGAAUUAAAGAAAGAAAUUUUUUGUUAGCUCUGCGAAAAACUCUGAAAAGGUUUAAACUGAACAUUAGUUAUUGCGAUAUGGCGUAUAUUGUUCUAGUUCUUCAACUUUUGUAGAAAAUUAUUUUACGAGCCUUUUACUUUUGGAUUUUUUGCUACAUAAUGUUUUUAUUUGCAUAAAGUAUAUUUCAAAUUAAAAAAGAAAGUGUUUUAGGGGUGUCAGGAGAGCGUUUUUUAAAGCGAAAGUUUUCUUCGUCGUUUUUACUUUCGUAACCUAUCUUUCUUUCGCCCAUUUUUGAUGAUAUGUGAGUUACAAAAUAGUUACGAUGCGGUAAGUUGUAAGGUUGUUUUAAACUUGUUGUUGAGUGUUUUAUGCCUUUAAUUUCACCUGUGUCCUGGCCAAUUCUGCUAAGUCUGUCAAUCUGAUCAGAUGUCAAACUACUCUGAUUAGAUUGCAUAUUAAAUAAAUCUAUCUUUCACCAGUAAGAAAAGUGUGUCCUCGGCACGAAUUUAUUCAUUCUUUUUUACAAUUUUGAUUUGAGCGGGAAAAAAUAAACACAAAACAAGAAACAUCUGCAAUGAAAUUGAAUUAUUUAGAUGGUGCGUUUCUUUCAUAGGGAAAUUUUUAUAACAGAACAGUUGUUUUUAACAUUUUUUUUCACAUUUAGCUACCAUUUUCUGAUAACACAUGCUGAAUAAUUAACAUAAUUAACAUAAUUAUCACACAUUAAAUCUUAUUCAGUAUAUCCUUCUUUUCACGCAACAAAUACAUCGUUUGAUGAAUGAUGAAAGAAACGCAACUUGAGUUCAAUGUUUUCACACAAGUUCUUUUUUUUUAAAAAGUACACGCUCUGGUUAAAAGAGAAUACAAAGUAAAUAUAUAAAAUGAUGGAAGAAGAAUUUAGUCGGCUAAGGUAAUAAAAUAUAAGAUUAAAAUGACUUCUGGAAGAGAAGAACAACUAAAAUCUUUAGUUUUUCAACCGAGUGAUGAAAAAGAAGAAAAAGAAGUAAAAAACAGAAAAAAGAGUUGUUCGUGCUGGACACUAUGGUUAUUAAUUUGUCGAAAAAUAAACGCUUUCCUAGAAAGGAUAUUUACCCGUUUUGGUUAUUUCAUCGCGAAGCAUCCUAAAGCUGUUCUGAUAACGGGUAUUAUUUUAUCGUUACUAUUAACUAUCGGGUUUGUUCGAUUCUAUACGAUUGUACGAGUCGAAGAAUUAUAUAUUCCGCAAUCCAGCCAGUCGAUAAAAGAUCUUAAUCGUGGAAAUAAACACUUCCCAUUAAAAUUAAAAGCAGAAGAAUUUAUUAUUAAGUUUGAUAAUGACGCCGCCAUAUUUGAAGAAGAUGUAUUCAACGCAGCUUUGCAAAUGCAUAAGCACAUCUUGUCUCUCCCAGGUUUAGAUGAAAUCUGCAUGAAAAAUCAAAAACAACAAUGUUUUAGCCAAUCACCGUUAGAAAUAUUCAUAUCAAACCAAUCAAACUCAAAUUCAUCUAUAUUUAACCAUAUUGAAAAGACUUUAAAUGAUGUUUAUCAGAACGAAUCGUUCGUAUUAAGUAACGGCAGAGCGGCAAAAUGGAGUUUUUCUGAUUAUUUCGGAAAUUUUGAAUAUGACGAGAAGAAAAAACGGAUCAAAAAGGCGGAGGCAUUUCGAAGUUUAUAUUUCGUAAAAUAUCCUGAAGAUAAUGCAAUGCACACGAAGCAAAUAAGUUGGGAGGAAAAAUAUAUAUCCUACAUGAAAGAGAUGCAAAAGAAAUUGAAAAGCAAAGGUCUAAUUCUCUAUUUUAGUACUGGCAAGAGUUUAGAUAGUAGUAUUGCUGACUCAGCAGAUGCUGAUAUUAAACUAGUCCCAGUUUCUUUUAUACUUAUGGUUUUGUUUUGCACGGUAACAUUAGCGCGAUUUCGCAAUAACGUAAUCGGUCAUUUCAUUUUGGGAAAUGGCGGUGUGCUUGCGCUUCAGUUUGGAAUAGGAGCUGGGUUUGGAGUUGUUAUGCUGUCUGGUAGUCCUUACGUCGCUUUUGCUGGUGUGUUACCCUUUCUCAUCCUAGGUGUGGGCAUUGAUAACAUGUUCAUCAUUGUUGAUUGCGUAGACAGACAACAUUCAGAUGUGAAAGGUCCAGAUCGUAUUGCAAAAGCAAUUGGUCAUGUCGGAGCAUCAAUCACAAUGACAACGCUUACUGAUUUAGUUGCAUUUACUGUUUCCAUGGUAACUGAUUUCCCAGCUAUCAAAUAUUUUUGUUUAUAUGCAUCGAUGUGUAUCACUCUGUGUUACCUGCUGGUUGUGACAGUAUUUGUUGCUAUGUUGACAUAUGACGUGAAAAGAAUUGAAGCGGGUAGAAGGGACAUCAUCCCGUGGGUGCUGUCAAAACAAGAUGACGCUACCUCAUGGCGCAACAGUCAUAAGAGUAUCUCAAAUAAGAUCAUGACCGCUUACGCCACUUAUUUGAUGAAAAAACCAAUCAAAUACAUUGUUCUUCUCGCAUCCAUACUCCUUGUAGUAGGAGGCGUUAUAGGUUCUUUACGAAUAGACCAAAGUUUCGACAUGCUUGUCCUGGGGCUGGAUGGUUCGGAUUACGUAAAAUUCUACAAAUACCGAAACAAGGCUUACCCUGCUGGCUUCUUUAUAAGCGUUAUCAUUGACGAUCCGAUUGAUUAUUCUGAUCCCGAUGUACAAAAAAGUUAUUCCGAUUUGGAUAAAAUUCCGAUUAAUAAUAAAUACAUGAAAAAUUUUACGAUCAAUUGGAUGACGGCGUAUUUAGAAUGGUCGUCGAGAAGGAAUAUUUCUUGUCCAGGAUUCACAUUUUAUAUGCAAUGUUUGCCGAUGUUUUUGAAAGAAAAUAGACAAUAUGUUAGUGAUCUUGUCUUUAAAAAUAAUACUCUGCAAUUAACAGCAACUCGAAUAAUCAUGUUUAACAAAGAUAUCGAUCAUUCAAUAUUUAGAAAAGAUACCCUGUUAGCUUUACGAAAAGAUUUAAGAGAAAAAGCAAAAUUACCAGCAUACGCAGCCAAUUUAAUGUUCAUAUAUAUCGAGCAAUUUGUCAUCAUACUUCGCGAUACGAUUCGCAAUCUCGCUAUUUGCUCUGGAGCCAUUUUGUUAAUUACAUUACCUUAUCUUAUGCAUCCGGUUAUAACUUUUUUCGUAUUUAUUGGCUUUGUCUCGCUUAUUUUCGAACUAUUUGCUAUGAUGUAUCUAUGGAACGUUUCACUGAAUUCAAUUUCGAUGAUCGUGAUCGUCAUGGCAAUAGGAUUCGCUGUUGAUUACUCAGCUCAUGUCGCGCAUGCGUUUAUGAUUUCAAAAGAGCACACGCCGGAGAAGCGUGCUAUAGAUGCUUUGAGAACCAUGGGGACGAGCGUGUUAAUGGGAGGUGCAAGUACAUUUAUUGGAGUGUUGGUAACCGCUUUUGCAUCCAGUGAAAUCUUCAAAAUCUUUUUUAAAAUGGUGUUUGGUAUAGUCGUGUUAGGUCUUCUGCAUGGUCUGUUAUUUCUUCCUGUUCAUCUCUCAAUAUUUUGCCGAACAGAUCUUCGCAUACCUGCUUCAACCGAAGGAGACAGUCAGGAAGAAGACAAGACACAAAACAACUUUAAAGUUGGAUUUAGUUCAAAUAAUGAGCAAUUAACUGGAAUCGUUACAUAGAAAUAUUGCAUUUUCUCUGAGGGGUUCUUUUUUGAAAAAUUUAAAAUCAGGAAACUCACUAAUAACAAUUGGGAAACCAGCACGGAAAAAAAAAUUAUUUCUAAGUUAUUUAAGGUGUAUGAUUGAAUAGGGGUAAUAUUUACCCACACUCGAUAUGUGUUCAAAUAGUUAAAGAAAUUACACUUGACUUUUGGGGUCAUUUACAGACGAAAACAGAUUUUAAAGACCAAUUCUUAUUCUUAUUUCUGAUAGCACGGAUUUGCUUAUUCUUGUAUGUAUGUCAUAUAUCCAUAUUGAUAUAUGACAUACAUACAACAUAUAACAAAUGCUAUCGUCGUUGAAAUGCUAAAAUAUGUAUUUUACAACUUGCAAAAAAGAUAUAUGGUCUUCAAGCUGGACUUUAGGCUGCAAAAUAUGUCACGUAGCUAUACAUUACCGGGAAAAUAUUGAAAGGCCUUUAAAAUACAUGGGAUAGUGAAAGGCCUUUAAAACACAUGGGAUAGUCUGAUGGUAUUAUCAAUUGCAUUAUUUCAGACAAUAAGCCCUGGACAGACUUGCUUAGGGCCUUUUUAUAUGAGAACCGGGAAACUCGCCUAUCGAGUUUCCGGGUAAAGCGGGGUAAUAUCAGCUCGGGUUUAUAUGUAAAUUUGUCAUUUUCCGUCCCGGGUUUAUAUGAAGAAAAAUUAACGGGAAAUUGAAAGUGGCGGGGUGAGUAUAUAUGUAAAUAUGGCUUCCAUCAACAGAAAAAAGAAGAUAGCGAUACUGUUUAUGCUUGAAACAACUUUGUUAUUACUAUUAGUUAUUUCUUGAUUUUUUUUAAAUUACCAUCAUUUCAGACCAAUUUAAAUAUUAUUUAUUUAAAUAUAUUAUGGGGCUAAUAUUUAUCUCCCACACACUUAGAACAAGAUAAAAAGUUAAUUUUAGAUCAUUCUCAAUUAUAAUUUCAGUGAAACCUGGUGUUUUCAGCAUGUUUCAUGGUUUUGUUGUCGUUUUAUUACAAAUACACUAUGAUACAAAAACAAAUAUAUCCAUUGAUUAGCAUUAAUAGUGAUAAUUAUUUGCUCUUCUAAAGCUUACAUAAACUUUUUCCGUACUUAGCCACCGGGUUUUUCUGUUUACAUGGACAAAUAUCCAUCCUGAUUGACCGGCAUCCUGGGUCACUUGCCCGGGAUCUCGGUUGACCGAGUUUCCCGUUGUAGCCAGGGCGAGACGAAUAUGCACCAUAUAAACACGAUUUAAAUUUUCAGCGUUUUUCCGCAAAUUUCCGAGAUCUCAGUCAUGCGGGAUAUCUCGGUGGACCGAGUUUCCCGGUCUCAUAUAAAAUGGCCCUUACCUCAAAGAAAGAAAAAAAUUCUGUCAUUCCUUUUAGCACUUUAGGAGAAGUCAAUAUCAAACCAAAAAUAAACAGAAUUUCUCUCCUUUUCUUCAUGGAUGCCUAUUCGAAAUUACUAAUUUUCUAAUACUUGGUUGGACUUGUUAGACAGGACGCCUAGCAAACAGAGGAAAUGGUAAUAAAAAAAAACUCUCUAAUAAAAAAAAACUCUCUCUCAAAAAGUCUCUACGUUUUAAUAUGUUGCGUUUUUUAUUUAAACUAGACUAUGUAUAUAUUAGAUUUAUAUUUAUUUAUAUUUAGUGAAAUGUAUAGCAUACCCAACAAAACAACCUUCUCUCUUAUGCUCUUUACAAUUCAAUGUUUGGGUGAAAUGGAUUAGAGUGGACAAAGUCCUCUAAAAAGAAACCUCUGUUUGUAUGAACGACCUUUCGUGUAACGUUAUGCUUUUAUUUCGUGUUGAGAACAAGAGACAUGCGCGCGGUAUAUAGAAAAUAAAAACAACAGAUCAAAAUAGUAAAAAGCUAAAAUCGCUAAAAAUAAGUGAAACUUUUUAAAAAAGAAAAGAAUAUAGUUAAAAAAUUUAAUUCCAGUGUCUUUCGGAUUUUUCGUUUAUAAAAAGUACCAAUAGUGAGUCGCUAGUUGUCUUGUUUGUCAUGGAUUUGUAAGAUACGGCAAGCAUGAACGUUUUGAAUGAGAAAGCGCAAAACAUGACGACGCCAUUAUAGUGAUAUUCCCGAUGUUCAAAAAUUAUAUUUUUGUUCAGCAUUGUAACUGGGUAUAUUCUUAGUUAGGAUAUGUAUUUACUAGUGUAUUUAUUAUAACUUUUUAUUUUACUCUUUUUAUAUUUAUAAAGUAUAUUUUAUUUCUACAUUAUAAAUUUUGUGGUGUUUAAAAAAAACACACUAGGCUGCGUAGAUAUAAAUGCAUGAUUUUAAAAGAAUGAUACUUUGAAAGUGUUUUCUUUUGAAAUAAAUCCUGUUACGAUA